AUGGACUUUGCAACUCUUACUCAAUACUGGCCACGGCAAUUGGCAUUUCUGCCGAGUAACUACACAGCCGCUGUAUUAGCUGUCUUUGUGGCUAUGGCUGUCUCGUUUAGUAUCAGCUGGGCCAACGCGGGCCCUUCUAUACCCAGAAUCGCGAGUACAAAGUCUUGGUUCGCAAGUAGAAGAGACUUUGCCGACCAUGGCAUUGAGAUUAUCCAGAAGGGCUUUGAUCAGGUUGAAAGUGGUGUAUUUCGAGUAACUUCUCUGGACGGCUCCGACUUGGUCAUUCUCGCACCAAGACACUGGUUGCAUCUAUGCAAGAAGAAGGACGACGAAAUCGCCCCCGCUCGUGAAGAGUUCUUUCGGUGCAGCUUGCACGGGGCAGCUUUCGACGAACCCUACCUGUACACCUAUGUCAACGCUCGAAUGCAGGGUUUCGACCGUCAUUUUCACGCCAUGUCACAGGCGCUGGACAAAGCUAUGUUUGAUGUCCUGGGUUCGGAUAUGGAAUCUCCGACCGUGGGCUUCAAGCGGGUUUUUAUUCAACCACAAGUCAUACAUAUAUUCUCGCAAGCUACAUGGAGGGUCUUCCUAGGCGACAGUUUCACAUCCGAAGUCGCUGAUAUCUUCCAAAGAUAUGUGGCAGCUCUCAUUCCUCUGAUGAGAAAGCUUACGACACAAAGGCCCAUGGUAGCUCGCCUCGUGGCGGCGUUCUCGGAUGAAGUUCGCCAGGUGCAUGAGCAGCUCAAGAGGAUGACUGCAUUAUUCACUCCCAUGCUUGAGCAGUGCGUGGAUGCCGUCGAGCAGGGCACCAAACCUGACUCUGUCAAUAAUGAAUGGUUCGAGGAUCUAGUACGUUUGGCACCUGCCGAAAAGCGACGGGACUACAAAUUCCUCACAAACAUUUUCAUUGGCUUUGCUUUCACCUUUAUCUUUUCCCCUGUGCCGGUAACAACCCAGAUCAUCUUCGAGUUUGCGUUUCGACCUGAUUAUACAGAAUUUGUGCUUCAGGAAACACAAGAUGUCUUGGGAAAAAGACAUGAGGAUUGGGCUUUUUCAAAGGAGAAUCUUCGCAGACUGUCGCUUUUAGAUAGCUUCUGCAAGGAGACACACAAACAUCAUCCUACAGCCGCAAGCAACAUGAAAAAGAUCACGGUCAAACCACAGAACCUGGCCAAUGGAGUCACACUGCCAGCCGGAACCGUUUUCGAAGUGGUCGAAAUUGCAGCGCAUCUUUCCAAUCCAGCCUUUGAGGAUCCGUCCACGUGGAACGGGCGUCGCUACUUUGACCUGCGCCAGAAAACAUCCACAAGCACCAGCGCCACCAAGUAUGACUGGGGCGCGGCUACGAGAGACGACCUGAACUUUGGCUAUGCGACGCACAUGUGUCCAGGUCGCUCGGCCGGAUGCUCCAUUGUCAAGAUGUUCAUGGUAAAGCUUCUGUCUCAUUAUGAGCUGUGUAUGGUUGAGGGGGAGACUCAGCGGUAUGAAGACGUUUACUUUGGUCAGUUUAUCUCACCCAACCAGAUUAAACCUAUUUUAAUCAGGCUCAAGAAACAGCCAUAA